CAGCUGAUUGCGGUUGUAACGCUGCCGGCGACGAUUGACUGGAUGACCAGUUGCCCCCACUGACUCGGUCCAACACUAUGGCCGAUCCAGCUUCUUCGGUUUAUAAUCGAUAUUCGGGUAAUAGCGAUCAACUAUCUUUAUUCUCUCGUACGGCUGCUGUUCGACGAUGUCAACAUACCGACUGGGAUCUAUGCGAAAGUGUGAGAUUGCAAGAAUUACAGGAGGCCCGGGAACGCGCUGCUCAGAUGGAGAAAACCAUGCGUUGGUGGUCGGAAUGUACAGCUUGUUGGCGUGAGAAAUGGAGCACGGUCAGGGACGAGAGAAACAGAGCUCGGGAAGAAGGUCAAGCACUCAGACAUGCCUACGAAGAAGCAAAUGCUAAGAUCGACAAAAUCCAGUCCGAGAAACGAGAUGUGGAAAUGGAGUUGAUGAAAACCAAAUCGGCCCUACACAAACUGGUUGUACAGAAUAGCAUAGCACAAAAUAGGUCUUUCGAGAUUCCUGAGGUUACGGUAGAACGAAUGGAUGAAGAAUGUGAUGUGAAACCAGAGUUAUUCACAGAAGGAGUGCAAACAGAUGAUGAUCCCCUAUCAGAAUCAGAGAUGACGUCAUCUAGGAGCAGUAUACUCAGUUCCCGUACCUCACUAGCCCAGCGAGAACGCAAACAACUUGAAGAGCAAUGCAAUGAAUUGCAAGGUCAAUUGCAUUCUGCCAAUGAUACGAUAAAAGAACUAGAAGACGUCAAAAAGGCAAUGACAGAAGAGAUAGCAGAAUUGAAACGGUCUUACAACGCAAAUGUAGAAAACUCCAAAGCAAUUGAUGACUCAGAGUUGACUCAGGUGCGCGCUGAAUUGACUAAUGCCCUGGCCGAAGUAGAACGGUUACGUGAAGAAAAUACCGCUUUGAAACAGGCACACGGUACCACUGAGAAUACGGGAGAGCAAGAUAAUGCAAAUGAAGAUCAUUCAGAAGCCUGUGAUGAAAACUAAUUCAUUGUCAUGUCUACAUUGUUGAUAGGAAUUCAUGUAAAUAGAAAGAAAUUUAUGGAUAAAAUAAAGUGACG